CAUGUAUAUUUAACAUAGUUUGGGUAUACACUCCAGUCAGUUAUACCCAGAGUUGUGGUGCAGAUCUUUUGAAUGGGAAUUAUUUUACUGUGGUCAAAUUCUGUACGCUUAUUGCGUGAGGCUAAGAAUAUUGUUGUGAAUGAAAAUGUUGACUCACUUGUUUGUUGCCUCCUAGCAAAAUCAGUCAUGCUUAUUUGGACAACUUAGUUGUUUUUCUUAUGGUGUGUGCCUGUACCUCUGCAUAUACAGUGGUACCUUGGCUUUCGAACGUCUCUGCUAAUGAAUGUUUCGGUUUUCGAAUGCCAUAAACCCGGAAGUAAAUGCUUUGGUUUUUGAACACGCCUCAGAAGUUAAACAUGGAACUUCUGUUUUGAGUUUUCCAUUUUCGAACAUUUUGUAACUUGAACGGUCUUCUGGAACAGAUUAUGUUCAAAAACCGAGGUACCACUGUAGAUAUUUUCUAAGCCCAUAGAAGCACUUUGGAUCUAGGAGGUGUACAGUAUGUACUGUAUACUCUUUAUACUCGGUGGCUGAGACCACAUAACAUCGGUCCUGAAAGACCUACAUUGGCUCCCAGUACGUUUCCGAGCACAAAUCAAAGUGUUGGUGCUGACCUUUAAAGCCCUAAACAGCCUUGGUCCAGUAUACCUGAAGGAGCGUCUGCACCCCCAUCGUUCUGCCCGGUCACUGAGGUCCAGCGCCGAGGGCCUUCUGGCAGUUCCCUCGCUACGAGAAGCCAAGUUACAGGGAACCAGGCAGAGGGCCUUCUCGGUAGUGGCACCCACCCUGUGGAGUGCCCUCCCACCAGAGGUCAAAGAGAACAACAAUUACCUGUUUAGGGAAGCUUUUAAUGUUUGAUGGAUUUCUGUAUUUUAAUAUUUUGUUGGAAGCCACCCAGAGUGGCUGGGGGAACCCGACCAGAUGGGUGGGGUAUAAAUUAUUAUUAUUAUUAUUAUUAUUAUUAUUAUUAUUAUUAUUAUUAUUCUCCACAUGUUUAAUCAGUAUUUUUCAAGCUUUAGUUCUAAGAUUCCUAGGAAACAAGGGAUUCUGCAAUUAGUAGAUUAGCUUCUAUGAGAGCCAGGUUGACCACUGGUACCAAUUUACCUCAGCAAUGUCUAGCCAAAAGAUUUAUUGGCUGUUUCUGCAUUGUGCAGUCAGUUAACUUGGGAUGGUAGGCCUAACAUCAACUGACUGCACACCCCAGAACAUCCCCCAGAAUCCUCUGCAACAUACAAUGUUUUCAUGGCAGUUGCUCAUCCAGCAGACAAAUCGCAAUGGGAAAGGUUCCCAGAAGACAGAAAAUGACUGCCUUAAAGGAUUCAGGGACAUUUUGUUUACCUCAGGAGCUGAUGCCAAUAGGUAAACUACAUAUACUAAUUAGUUGCCAGCACCCAUACCUAAUUAUGGAGCAUAAUUUAAGCAGUCCUCCCUUAUAUUAGAAAAAAUAUGUUUAUCUAUAAUAAAUUUUUGUAUUAACACAUUAUUAUAUCAGAUCAUGACUAGGGUUAUGAAUAGAGUGAAGGAAGUCCCAAGAUUCUUAUUUUAAAAAUGUUGGCUAUACGCUUUAUUUUUCUGCCAAGGCCUUCCCAAAUUAGUCUACAGUUUACGCCUACCUCCGUUUACAAACGCCUCCGUUUACAAACGCCACGGACCCGGAAGUGUUUACAUCCGGGUUCCGCAGCGUCGGAUGCGCAGAAGUGAUCUGCGCAGCAUGUGUGUGCAGAAGCGCUCUAUUGGUGCUUCGCACACGCGCAGAAGCGUGCCUUUGGCGAGCGAACGCCUCCGCGGAACGGAUUGCAUUUGCAAACCGAGGUACCACUGUCUUUUAUUUCUGCAGCUUUUAAUUCUCAUUGGCAUCAUGUUUCUAACAUUGUUUUGUGGUUGUACUAUGUUUCAUAUUCUUUUCUCUUUUUUUACGCCACUUGAGUGUUUUUUAAUGUAGAGUAUGGCUAUAUAGGGACGCAGGUGGCGCUGUGGGUUAAACCACAGAGCCUAGGACUUGCUGAUCAGAAGGUCGGCGGUUCGAAUCCCUGCGACGGGGUGAGCUCCCGUUGCUCGGUCCCAGCUCCUGCCAACCUAGCAGUUCGAAAGCACAUCAAAGUGCAAGUAGAUAAAUAGGGACUGCUACAGCGGGAAGGUAAACGGCAUUUCCGUGUGCUGCUCUGGUUCGCCAGAAGCGGCUUUGUCAUGCUGGCCACAUGACCUGGAAGCUGUACGCCGGCUCCCUCAGCCAAUAAUGCGAGAUGAGCGCGCAACCCCAGAGUCGGUCACGACUAGAUCUAAUGGUCAGGGGUCCCUUUACCUUUUACUAUGGAUAUAUAUAUAUAUAUAAUCCAUAUUUAAAACCAUACUUCUACUAAAUAUGCCCUCAGCUGAGAUACGUUUUAAAUAAUAAUAAUAAUAAUAACUAAGCUGUUGUUAAACUUGAGAAUUUGGUUACUUUAAUCUCUUACACACUUUGGGGGCUUUGAUUAAUUCAGUUUUUGUUGGAUUUUACAUUUCCCCUGUGCUGCUGCCUUAACUGAGGUUAUAGAUGGCAAGGAGUGGAACUUUAUAAUCAGUGUGCUAGGAGGACUAAUUGAGUUUCCAGCUACGAUGCCUCUGAAGUGUGCUAGAAGUUAAAUGAAGGAAGAACUUCCUUUAGAAAUACAUGGAGAAAUGCUUCCUUAUGCAGAGGUGAGUUAAGGUGCAUUAUUUUACAUCAUUUAACAUUGCAAUCUUAAGCAAGUAGCACCAGGCUCUGGGGGCAGUUGUGGCUUUUUCAUUUUAAAAUAAAUGCAACCAUGUUUUUAAUUUGUCUAGCACACUCUUUAGAAUAACCACUUUAACAUAAAUUAUAAAGCACUGCACAUUGGCUGCAUUCUACAGUAUAUUAAUACAAGGAUAAGUGUGAAAACAGGGAAGAAUCAUGUCUUGGUUAUUAAAUAUUUAAUGACGCGUUUGGGAGUACUGCCCCAAUUAUCAAAAGAUAACUAAAUGGAAAUGGAUCCCCUAAAGGGACUGGAAAGGCAUGAUGUACUCUAGGUCAUAGCCCUGAAAGUGUAUAGUUGAAAGCAAAUCCCCAAAGUUUAGAGGAUUAAAAUUAAAAUAAAACUCCCCCGAGUCAGAACUAUUCAGAGCAAUUAAAAAUAGUGGCUAACUCUGCAUGUUUUUAUAGACACAUCUGUCAAACAAAAGAAAUGUAGUGAUCAGAAAUACAACCUGCUUUUCUAAAAUCAGCAGCUGUGAAGCUCAUUUUGUUGAACUGAACCCUCGGAAAAUUGGAAACUUUACAAGGUUUUGCUUUUGAAAAAUCCCCUUUUUGGAGGAAAUACCCUUUCUUUUCUGUGCAGUCUCAGUUACUGCUUUAGCUGAUAAAAGCACAUACCUGUAUACAAAGUAGAGAGAGUGUGUAUGUGCGCACACACACACAGAGAGAGUAUAGAUAGACUUGAAUUUUAUAGAAGGCAAUUGUGAAUCUCUCACUCUUAUUGUAAUAUAAGUCCUGCCUAUGGUGAGAUUCAUGCCAUGUAGGGAUUUAGAUACAGUGGUACCUCGGUUUAAGUACACAAUUGGUUCUGGAAGUCUGUACUUAACCUGAAGCGAACAUUCCCAUUGAAAGUGAUGGAAAGUGGAUUAAUCUGUUCCAGACAGCCCGCGCGCGGCGUACUUAAACUGAAGCGUACUUAACCUGAAGUGAACUUUCCCAUUGAAAGUAAUGGAAAGUGGAUUAAUCCGUUCCAGACGGGUCCGUGGAGUACUCAACCUGAAGCGUACUUAACCUGAAGUAUGAGUGUAAUUGGUUCUGGAAGUCCGUACUUAACCUGAAGCAUACUUAACCCGAAGCGAAUUUCCCCAUUGAAAGUAAUGGAAAGUGGACUAAUCUGUUCCAGACAGGUCCGCGGAGUACUUAAACUGAAAGUACUCAAACCGAGGCGUACUUAAACCGAGGUAUGACUGUAUUCUCAUAGGUGAGAUGUCACAUGUUGCAGUGGAAAUGGGGAAAAUCAGCACUAUAACUUCUUCUCUCAGUUCUGUGUAAUUUAAGAACAGACUUUCAAGUUGCAAUUUCAAUUACCAGCUAACGUUUUCAAAUUUGGAGUGUGCUGGGGAAAAGAAAAAACUGCAGUGGCAACACCUACAGCUUAGUUGGGUUUCUUUAACAGGCUGGUGCCUCUCCAGGCAGUAGCCAAGGCUGGCAGCUCUCUUUGUUUUGUAUCCACUGCUGGUCCCACUCAUGGCAAAUCCAUUGAAGUCAGUUACCAUGGCUAACUUUGGUGCAUUACUAUCAAUGAGUCUAUUCUUGAGUAGAACUGUAAUUCUUACUGGGCAGAAGGAAUCUGAUGAGUAAAAUCUCAAAGGGUGGGACAUGGGGUAAAAAAAUAUUGGCAGAUAAGGAAGGAUUCUUCUUUAAGGAAGGAUAAUAGACAAUAGAGAGCAAAAUGGCAACAUGGAUGAGAUCAGGCUGUUGGCUAGGUAUCAUUGGAGAAACAGAUAACUGAUUAAGUAGGCUUUCUUCAGUCUUGUGCUAUAACAGGCUUCCUCAAACUCAGCCCUCCAGAUGUUUUUGGCCUACAACUCCCAUGAUCCCUAGCUAGCAGGACCCAGUGGUCAGGGAUGAUGGGAAUUGUAGUCUCAAAACAUCUGGAGGGCCGAGUUUGAGGAAGCCUGUGCUAUAAGGUGACAAGCCUACAAGGGUCUGGGGGCAAAGAGUCACAGGGUCUCCAGAUGUUGAUUUUAUUGUACAUGAAUGAAGAUAUGUGCUCAUGAUGGUAUCUGGGCAGUUAUAUGUUAUUCCACUUUUGAUAGUGUUUGUGCCUACAGAAGUUUCAAGGUGGGCAUGCUGCUUCCUUUCAGAUCUGUGCAAGUCCUGUAGCUUGAGGCUGAAAUCCCGUAACUUCAGUAAUGUGCUAAAACUGGGCGAGCAACACAGAUCAGCUAAAAAAGCAGAAUUAUGUGUGUAUGGUUCAGUAUAAAAAUGCAACAAGGUCAUGUUGCAAAAUACAGCUGCAAAAACAAACAAAAAACAAAAAAACACCGUCCAUUCUGGAGGGGCCCAUACUCGUCUUUGUCUUAGGCCUCCUUGGUACCAUAUUCCUGUACUCCUAGAAAGAAGGAAAAUUGCUAGAGGGCUAGCAUGAAUUUAAAUAGCUAGAGUGCUGGCAGGAAGUUUUUAUUGUAAACAGCCAUGCAAUAUGCGGGGAAGUAUAUAAAUGUCUCUAAUAAAUAAAAAUAAGUCGUGACCAUUUUUAGUAGAAGUCCUGUAUACACAGCAGGGCUGGGCAUUCACUGUAACAUUCAUGGGUGAAUCAUUGCACCAUAAGACAACUCAAUAAAUAUGCAAUAUCUGCUGUAAUAUGUGAUUUAACUUGAAGGAUUUGCUAUGUGAAUGCAUUGCUUGCUUUGCUUUAAUCUCAUAGUCAUGGACAGAGAAAAUUGGCAUGGUAAUAUCUGCUAUGUAGUUGGAAUUGGUUUGCCACAGCUGUCCCUUGGAACACUAGAAUCCUAGGUUCUAGAAGGAGGCUGGGGAUCUCCAAUGGAAUUCUUAUCACCCUCACAAAACUAUAGUUCAAGAUUCCCUGGAGGAAGUUAUGGCAGUUAAACUGGCUUUUGUUUGUGGUUCAGAAGCAGCUUUAUGAUACCUCCAGCUCGCCUUUCAGACUUGGGUGUCCCAUAAUGUAUGUUCUUGGAUGUCUUCAGAAUCUGCCCAUUUGCUUUAGUAUCUUUCUGCCUUUGUAGAAACAGAUACAUCCAUGUAAAUCUUCAUAAAGAAUUUUUCCUGCAGGGAUGCUUUUUCCAGAGAAUCAAUCUAUCUUUUGCCUGGUGCUGCCACGUUCCUCCCAGUGUUCUCAUUUAACACCAAAGACCAAAUGGUGUGUAUUCCUGAUUAGUGUUCAGCUCUGUGGAGUGCUUCAGUCAUCAAGCUGGUCUGAACCUUAAUUAUCCCUUAAUUAUGCCUCUAGAGGAAAGUUUAUAGCCAUCUAUGCUGAGAGGGUGAGCAAAUGCAGCAGCCUUACAUUAACUGUAGAUAACACAUCCCUUCAACGCAGAGAUUGAGACAUAAUCCCAGAUCAUGAUUUAUGAUGCGCUUAGUUAAUAUUUUUAAGGGACGUGGGUGGCGCUGUGGUCUAAACCACUGAGCCUCUUGGGCUUGCCGAUCAGAAGGUCGGUGGUUCGAAUCCCCGCAAUGGGGUGAGCUCCCAUUGCUCUGUCCCAGCUCCUGCCAACCUAGCAGUUUGAAAGCACGCCAGUGCAAAUAGAUAAAUAGGUACCACUGCUGCAGGAAGGUAAACAGCGUUUCUGUGUGCUCUGGUUUCCAUCACAGUGUCCCGUUUGCGCCAGAAGUGGUUUAGUCAUGCUGGCCACAUGACCCGGAAAGCUAGCUGUGGGGUACAAACGCCGGCUCCCUCAGUCUGACGUGAGAUGAGCGCCACAACCCCAAGUCACCUUUGACUGGACUUAACUAUCCAGGGGUCCUUUACCCUUUUUUAACCUUUCGUUAAUAUUUAAUUAUUUAUUAAAUUUCUAUCCUGCCUUUCCACCCAAAGGAGACCACAGCCGCAACCCACACCAUGGUUUGUGCUUCCAUGGUUUAGAGUAGCCUGUCUGCUUUCAUUUUUCAUGUGCUGGGAACUGAGCUUACAGAUAUUACUGUUUGUGGAUGAUGGAGUUUUGAUAUAUAUAUAAAAAAGGUUUACCUUUUUCAGAUAGUUUAAAACUUAAAAAGAGAUCAUUCAGAGCCAUCUUAGAUGCUGCGUGUGUGUGUGCUUGUUUGUGUGUGUGUGUGUGUGAGAGAGAGAGAGAGAGAGAGAGAGAGAGAGAGAGAAUGGUUUUUGUGGGAAUUUAUUCAGUGCCUUGUUAGUUAAUGUUGCAGAAUUGGAGCUGAAUCUGUUUAACGUAUAUGUGUUUGUCUCUGCCCCCCCCCCAAAUCCUCAUAAUAGUUUGACAUUGGAAAUGCAAAGGAACUUUUGAAUAAAAUCAAAAUGGGAUUUCAAAUGGUCAGGAUUAAUGCACUACAUUAAAAAUCAUGCGGCAGCCAUGUGGAAAAAGGUUCUGUAAAUAACUCAUCUCAUUAAUAACAUUUUACAGUAGGAAUUACAUUGUGAAUUAUUACGCUGCUGAAACUAUUAUUUCAAUACUGUGAAUUGGUUGUAUGCCAUAUUAAGAGGUGCAGUCUGCUUUUAUUUUAUUUUUCUCCCUGACAUUUAGGUAUGGUUAGGAAUGCUUUAUGAAACAUAAUUUUGAGGGACUCUGUAAAUAGUCUGAAAGAGACCAUUUACAGGAGCGGGUGUGGAUCAAUUCAGUGCUUUGGACGGUGUGUGUGUGUGUGUUUGUGACCUCUGAGAACCUCAUGUAAUAACACAAAAAGUAUAAUCAAUAUUUAGAAAGAAAUGUAAGCUGCUUGGUUUGUCGUGUUUGUUCUGCCACUGCUAUUUUGGGCUUUUGGUUGCCAAGUCUAUAUUUAGAAGCUUUUCACAGUGUAUGGUAGUUUACUACCAGCAUAUGAGUGUCUGCCUUGCUGAAUAUAAUUGAAAUAAUCAGUAAUAAUAAUCAAUCAUAAUCAUAAUUGAAGCAAUCAAGCGUAAGAUUUAAGAGUUGGGGGAAAUGAUAGGAUUUCUGCCACCUCCACCAUAUUAAGAAAAAGUGGUGUGAAUGGAUGGGGAAGGGAGGCAUUAUAGUUCAGCCAGCCACUAUCUGAUGGAAGAUGACGAGCAAGGAGAUCUGGCUAGAGGACCUGGCAUUUUUUGUGUAUAGAAAGAGAGCAGAGGCUAUCCUAGAUCAAGAUGAUAGUCCUAUAGUAGUGUGGAUGUUUAUUCUUAUUAUUUGUAUAUUUAUUUAUACCCUGCCUUUUUCUCUGACAGGACUUGUAGCAGCUUACAACAAAAACAAGAACCACUAACAGCAGAAAAGUCAAUCAUUAAAAUACAAUUAUGCAUUGGGAGCAUUAAAACUAUAUGAAAUCUGUUUAAAACAUACCAACAAGUAGCAAAAAAAGAGAGAGCAAAGGAUGGCACUGGUCCUAUAUAUACAGUGGUACCUCUGGUUACGAACUUAAUUCGUUCCACAGGUCUGCUCUUAACCUGAAACAGUUCUUAACUUGAGGUACCACUUUUGCUAAUGGGGCCUCCCGCUGCCACCGCACAAUUUCUGUUCUAAUCCUGAGGUAAAGUUCUUAACCCAAGGUACUACUUCCGGGUGAGCGGAGUCUGUAACCCGAAGUGUUGGUAACCUGAGGUGUUUGUAACCCGAGGUAUCACUGUAAUUGAAAGCAGACAAUCCCCCAAAGCCUGCUGGAAGAAGAAAACCUUCACCUGCCACUUGUUGUAAUUCUAUAUUGAAUACCUUUUACUGCUAGAAACCAAUGGCAUAGGCAGAGGGGGAAAGUGUUGUUAAAGAUUAAUGCCACAUCCUUGUUUCUUCCAAACCACUCUGGUAUUACUAGUCCAGCGUUUCUCAACCGCUGUUCCGCGGCACACUAGUGUGCCGCGAGACGCUGGCUGGUGUGCCGCGACGAGAAGGGCGAUUUGCAGCUCGGCCAGGCGGCAAGCCACGUCCCGGUACACAUGGCUGUUGCGAAAGUUGCCGUCCAGGGCGCUCUGCACGUCCGCCUCCCCCCAGAUCUCCAGCAGAGCCCGAGUCUCCAGGUCCAACCACAGGAAGCCGCGCGUGUUUGUGAUCAUCCUGGCGGAGGCGGCCCACCCACCCGGGCGGCCGCGAUGGCCGCGCUCGGACGGGAAGGGGCAUUCAAUGGCAGGCAGGCGGGGGCCAGCCGCCCGCCUCGCCGCAGCCCCUCCUCCCGCAGCUCCCCCUCUCAGCGUCCCCGGCAAGGCAGCAGUUGCGGCGGCCGAGAUCCCAUCCCUUCUCUCGCCGGCGGCGCCUCACGCGCCCCGCUCUCCGCUUCUAGUCCACCAACCGAAACUUUCCACACGCAACGAACGGGGCCGCCGGUGGCGGCCUGACGGGCCUGGCUUUCCUCAGCCUCGUCUGCGGCUGUUGCUCCCUCGCCUCAGGCGGUGGGAGCUCAGUGGCGGAGGGGGCUGCGCUUCGAGGCCCAUCGCCUUGCGGAGGCCGGAGGCCGCGGGGCUCGGAGAAGAAGCGGCGGCUGCCGAGAAGAAGGCGGGCGCCGAGGCUGAGCAGCACCGGCACGUCCUCUUUCCCCUCUCCGCUCGCUCCCUGGUGGGCCCAAGCACAAAGCAGCGAGGGUGUCUGUCGCACAACUUCAGUGGUGGUGGGAAGAGGGGGGCAGGAAGGUAAGAACAAUAGGCAAUGGUCUCCUCCCGAGGAAAAGGCGUCGCGUACCUAUAGGGCGGCACAGAGUUGGUGUGCCUCGUGAUUUUUUUCAUGGAACAAGUGUGCCGUGGCGCAAAAAAGGUUGAGAAACACUGUACUAGUCAACACUCGCAAGCAAGAUUAGAUUCAGCAGAUACCACUGAGGAUGGAUGCUGUUUUUGUACUGAUUUCAUUGCACCCAGGCAGGUAGAUGCAGGCAGAACUAAGCUGGGUUUAGAUUUAUGAACACCUUUCCUGCUGGUAUUCUUUGACAUGUAUUGGUCAGCUAAGCCAUCCAUCUGCCCGGAUGGAUGAUAUAAGCACAGGCACAAAGAGUAGAAUGGUUUUUAAGUUGCAUAGUAAUGACCUUUGUGAUUGUCCCUAUUCAUGUGGUGGCAUUGCUUUUGCCAUUAUGGCCAUGGUAGUGAACCCAUAAUGAAGCAGGCCGCAUGCUGCUACUAUAAAAUCUAAAGGGCACUCCAGUAGUUAUGAUAAUUUGUAUAUAGAAGUUAUAAAUACUAAACUUUCUUUAGUGUUUGACUUUCCUGUUGAAGAUUGAAUGUUUAGUUAUACUCUCUCCCUUUCAAUGCCCUGAAUCCUUCUCUUUAUUAAUCUAGUGGCAGGUUGACUUUGCUUGAUACGAAUCUUUAACCAGCACAUUGAGGUUCAGUGGAUCAGUCAGUACUGCUUGUUUAUUACAACAAGUAACUUGUGAUCUGACACUAUACAGUGGUGCCUCGCUAGACAAAUUUAAUUCGUUCCACGAGUCAAUUCUUAUAACGAAAAAUUCGUCUAGCUAAUCCCAUAGGAAUGCAUUGAUUUUUUUUUUGUCCAUUGGAACGCAUUAAUUGGAUUUCAAUGCAUUCCUAUGGGAAACCACAACUUGCUAGACAAGUUUUUCGUAAAACGAAUUCAUCUAGCGAGGCAACCUCCCCUCGAAAAAUCCUUUCGUUAAGUGAAAAAUUUGUCUUACAGGGCGUUCAUCUAGCGAGGCACCACUAUGCUGGAAAGCUCCCUUUGGAAAAUCCUCUCUCUUUUUGUACAAUUUCUCCAGGCAGCAUUAAUUUGUGUAUGGUUUUACUGUGUGUUUUCAUGGCAUGUGAUGAAUUUAACCAACGAUAUCUUUUCUCUCUAGGAUGCGUCAGGAUGAAACGCCACAGGCAUCUAAGCAGCAGUGACAGUUCAGACAAUGAAAGUCCUUCUACUUCUUUCUCCUUUUGUUCCAAGUACAGAAGCAAGUCAAAAACACCAGCAAAUGAACAAAAGAAACCUGCUGAGGUGUUUCGAAAGGACCUCAUUAGUGCCAUGAAACUCCCAGAUUCUCAUCAUAUUAACACAGAUGAAUAUUACCUCUUUGCGGACACGUGGAAACAAGAAUGGGAAAAGGGUGUGCAAGUCCCAGCCAGCCCAGACACGAUUCCACAACCUUCUCUCAGAGUCGUAGCGGAAAAAGUAAAGCAAGUACUAUAUACGCGGCCUAGAAAAUACAUUCGUUGUUCAAGUCAAGAGCCCACUGAACCUGGCUAUAUCAACAUUCUGGAACUGGCAGAAUCGAUGUGUCGUUAUGACUUGGAUGAUAUGGACAUCUUCUGGCUUCAGGAAGUAAAUGAGGAGCUUGCCGAAAUGGGUUGUGGGCAGCUUGAUGAGAACACAAUGGAGAAAAUGGUGGAAGUCCUGGAACGUCACUGUCACGAGAACAUGAACCAUGCCAUUGAGACAGAGGAGGGGCUGGGUAUUGAAUAUGAUGAAGAUGUCAUCUGUGAUGUUUGCCGGUCCCCUGACAGUGAAGAUGGGAAUGAUAUGGUGUUUUGUGACAAAUGCAACAUCUGUGUGCAUCAGGCAUGCUAUGGCAUCCUAAAGGUUCCUGAAGGAAGCUGGCUGUGUCGUACUUGUGUUCUAGGUAUACACCCUCAGUGUCUCUUGUGUCCAAAGAGAGGUGGGGCCAUGAAAGCUACAAGGACAGGCACCAAGUGGGCGCAUGUGAGCUGUGCUCUUUGGAUUCCAGAGGUAAGCAUUGCUUGUCCAGAACGAAUGGAACCAAUUACCAAAGUGUCCCAUAUUCCACCAAGUAGAUGGGCUUUAGUUUGCAGCUUAUGCAAAUUGAAAACUGGUGCUUGUAUCCAGUGCUCCGUGAAGAGCUGCAUUACUGCCUUUCAUGUCACAUGUGCCUUUGAGCAGAGCCUGGAGAUGAAAACAAUCCUGGACGAUGGUGAUGAAGUCAAGUUCAAGUCGUACUGCCUAAAACAUAGCAAAACCAAGCAGAGCUUGAUGCCCGACGCAGACGUUAAUCCCAAGAGCACAGCAGACCAGAAGCAGACCGAGAGCGAGAAAACCAGUUUGCGUGCUCAGAAACUUCGGGAACUGGAGGAGGAGUUCUACUCCCUAGUGAGGAUUGAUGACGUCGCAGCAGAACUUGGCCUCCCUAAACUCACUGUGGACUUGAUCUAUAAUUACUGGAAACUAAAACGGAAAAGUAACUUUAAUAAACCAUUAUUUCCUCCCAGGGAGGAUGAAGAAAACGGCUUGGUUCAGCCAAAAGAAGAUAGCAUUCAUACUCGAAUGAGGAUGUUCAUGCACUUGAGGCAGGAUCUAGAGAGGGUAAGAAAUCUUUGCUACAUGGUAAGCAGAAGAGAGAAGUUAAAACUUUCUCACAGCAAAGCACAUGAGCAGGUUUUUAAUUUGCAAGUCCAGCUUAUCAAUCAGGAAAUUGCUGCAGGCCAUUCUCUGACAAGUGCACUGGAAAACACACUGUUUUAUCCACCUCCUAGAAUCACCUUGAAGCUUAAGAUGCCAAAAUCAACAUUAGGUGAUUGCAAAAAUAAAUUGAAAUCUGGUAAACCACUUUCUCCUGACAACAAUGUUGUGGUUUACAGCAAAAAGGGUAUUCCAGUAUCCAAAGAGACUUUUGUUUCCAAUAUGAAAGCCUACUCGAGGUUUCAGCAUGAAAACAGAAGCAAUGGCUUACUGGGAGGGAUGGUGAAGUCUAGGAAUGAAGCAGCAAAGAAUUCUGGACCUGCACAUACAUCAGACUUCCAUCGCAGACAGUCGUCUGGCAAACCCUUAGCACUUCAAGCUGCAUUGCAUGGACAGUCCUGCAUUGGGAACGGGAAAAUUCAGCAGCACUCUAAUCUAGCAAAGUCUAAUGGCUUAAUGGGCAGAGUUGGGGAUGUCACUCAGCGAGACAGCUCUAGCCAAACGACAUACGAGCAGCAGUCUGUGCUCUCUGCCCACUUGGCUAGCCAGAGCAGCUUCAGGAAAUCAACCAUAGAACACUUUAGCAGGUCCUUCAAAGAAGCGACCAACAGUUUGGUGAGGACCACGGAAGAUCUCAGAUGCUGUGAAAAGCCCUCAAGAAGGCUGUCGAUGAGAGAGCGUUCGUGGGGCAAGCAAACUCUUGAAUAUCAGAUGGGGAGCGCCCCCUACCAGGACAAUGAUGGGUAUUGUCCCGAUUUGGAACUCAGUGACUCUGAAGCUGAAAGUGAUGAGAAUAAAGGACAGAUAAGACUGAGAAAAAGCAGCUCGGAGAGAGAGGUCCCAAGUAAAGACUUUAAUAGAGAUUGUCAUAGUAGAAGUAAAAGAAAUUUGAUUUCUCACAGUUCAGUACAAAGGUGAUUAGAAACCCCGGAUAAUGGGAAUAGCUCAGCCUUUGUAUGUCCAAGAUUAUUGAUGCAAACCUUAGAAAAUCUGCAGGUUACAGAACACAGUGUAGGAUCUAUGAGCAAAUGACGAACUUGCUUUUUUAAGUGGUGAAUUGGUUUACCCUUUUUUGAAGAUUGUUAAUUGGGGUUUUUUCCUAUAAGUGCUAUAUAAGUAAAGGUUACUUUAAAUAUCACUUGCAGAAAUAGUUUUAUAUAUCCAGUCUAUGGAAAUGUAUUGUGUUCUGCUUUGUACCAGUGGGCAGGUAUUCCUAAAAGCCCAUCCUUAAAAGCCCAUCCAUCUGUGACAAUCUGCAAGAAGAUGGAACAGACAAUUCUUGCUGCAACUUCAGUAUAAUAUCUCUUCAUGAGAACACUUAAGCAAUCUCUUACCUUUUUUUUUUGAAGGAAUUUAAAAGGCAAAACUAUUUUGAAAUAAUGGUGCUUGCUUAAUUGUUUUGUUUGUUUGUUUUGGUCUGGAUUGGGACAUAUGACUACUAGACAGAAAUCAUGUUCUCAGCCAAUUUCAGAACAGGUGGUAUGAUUCUGAAGACUUGGAAACAAGGUUCAUUCUAACUCUGUGGGACUUGGUUUCAAGUAAACAUGCCUAGGAUCCAGUUACAAAGGUUUCUCCUAGCCUGCUGAGGAAGGUUUACAGACUCCACAGUCAAUGCUGCCAAACACACUGAUCUCUAGAUUCCCCCUUUCUCCUCAUAGUGUGCCCUUGCUAAAAGUUGUGUUUUCCUUUGCUAUUGCAGCUUGCUUUUAUUGUGUAAAUACUCUUUUUAACUUCUAGCAUUUUUUAUUUUAUUUUUUAAUCCUCGUGUACAUAGUAGUUUGUUGUGGGUUGCACUUGCAAAAUAUUUUAUCCAGCCAGCCGAUACAAAGGGCUGAUAUGUGGAUAGUGUUUAAUACUAGAAGUAUGUAAUCUCUAAACCUAUUCAGGCAAUCACCGGUGAUGCCAGAUUCUCCUUUGUCAACUCAGAAGGCUUUUUAAAACCUUGAUCCCACAACAUUGCAUCCAUUCCUCUCCCAUUCCAACACAAACACACACUCUCCCGCCCCCUUGCCAGCUGUCAAAUACUUUGUCUGAUUUCUGAGCCAAAAUUGGUGAAUACAUUUGUUUUGGUUUCCAAGUUUAAAUAUAGUCAGAAACAGUAAAUGAAAAUAUUUUUGAUUGCCAAAAAAGCCUGGGAAUUGCUUAGGCCACUUUAUUGUCUAAUUAGAUUUUCUUUUUUUACAAAAACGCUUCGUAAUAUGUGGCAAUGGUGUCAAUGAAAUUACUCUAUAUUACGGCGUAGCAUUGAUCUUUAAUUAGGAAAAAUGGGUUUCAGCAUCAAAUAAUAAUUUGACUAAUGAAAUCGUUACAGUUUGCUUUAAUUAAUAAAUUUCCAUAAUGUGAAGUAAAAGGAACUGGGGUAAAUUUAAAUCUAAUAAUAAACAGUGCAGCGAAAACAAAUAAAGAGCCACAUUUUUCUUGAAAGCCUUAAUCUAUUAGUUGUGAAGAAGGGAUUCACGAUGAGAUAUUCCUGAAGGAAAUAAAAUAAAUUUGAGUUUCUCAUUCUUUGCUUUAGGCAUUCUUAAAAGUUUGCUUUGUUUACUCAUUUCUAUGGUGUGUUUGUGUAAUUUGUCUUUUUUCCAUAGAUAUAUUUUUAAGGCAUUUUCUUUCAUGUAAAUAUAUAGUACCUUUUUUAAAAAAAAUGUUAGUGUUUUGUUGAAAAAAUGGUUGGCCUUUAUGUUGUCAGCCAUUCAGAACGGUGCUGAAAAUGUUCACUUCUCUAUACAUUGGUUCUAGUUUUUCAUAUUUAUUGUUAACAUUGUUUCCUGGUCAUGAAGUAAAUAAGAGUUGAAAAUGGGAACAAUUACUUCAUUGAUCUGAAGGGGGGGGGGACGACAACAAUCGUGUUUCAUGACUAGUGGCAUGAGAACAAUAUAAACGGUAGGAAAUUGUGCUUCAGCAAGAUUCCUCAGUUUUGGUAAUUUUAAGGUGAUGACUAAAAUAUAUCACUUCAGGCGAUAGUAAUUUUGUUUUUGUUUAAUUUUACAUGAUUUUAAUAGAUACAUGGAGGAGGAGACUUUGGCUAUACAGUAUAGCUUUCAAGUAUCUGUCUCCAAAAUAUAUUUGCUAGUUUUUACAAUGUGUUCAGUGGCUAACUUUGAAGUAUUACCUCUUAACCUAAUUUGU